AUGCCUGGUCCAUCCUCGGUGUUGAUAUCACGGAUUGAACAUCUCGGGAGGCUCCUGAAAAAUCUUCCACAAUCAUUGCCCCUUGACCCACCUAAUUCUUCCUAUGACUUCAGCCUCGACACAGAGAUGGUUGAGGAGGAAGGGGUGUGGUUUGCAUUCAAUAGAAACCUGGAGGUCUGCUUUGAGACCCAUAAACUUGGCCAAAGUGGAACAAUCACUUUCCGUGAAUGCGGGAGACGUUACGAAGCCCUGGUUGGGAUGUUCAAGGAGACAGUUAAGAAACUUGCAAAAGAUUCUGAACGUGACUUCCUUCGUGAGGUGUGGCUUGAGCGGCUGAUCAAUGCUGCACAACAACAGGGUGCAAAGGACCUACGACAGACUGGUGUUGGCGGUACGAAAAGACCUGCCCCGGAGAUACAUAUUUCAGCAGUAGAUGAACAUCCCAAAAAAUGCUCGAAAGCUUCGCACUCGCCUCACACGGAUGCUAGACUAUCAACUGUCAAUGUAGACUCGAACUCUGAGGGUCAUGAGUCAGAUUUAGAGCUCAAUGUUCAAUGCAAACAUGUUACUAUGUGCAUGAUUGAAAACCCUCGACCCUCGACCCUCCCUGUCGUAAUCGAUUUGCAGAAAACAAAACAAAUGAGUUUCAGUGACUUUGCAUGGAAACCACUUCGUACCGAAGAAGAAAAAGCCAAGCAAUGGGAGAGAUUGGCAAAAAUCACAGCUGAUGAUGAUGAAUUGAUGAAACGAGAGGAGGAAACUCUGAAAGCAGCACGAGAGCAGAGAAAGAAGAACCUAGCAAUGGAGCGUCAACGUCGUCGUCGUGAGCGAAUCAAAGCCACUCAGCCGAAAGGGAAGAAAGCACAAAAGAAUGUCAACGAGGUUUUGCGGGCUGAAUCCCAAACAAGCAGCCUUUCAACAAUGGAUCUCGCAGAGCUUUCAAGGCCUGAUUCGAAUUGGAAAGAUCAGCGGACUGGGAAGAAUGAGCAAAUUGCCCCGAAAGUUGGCUGGUCUGCACAGACAAUUGCUAGUAGGCUCGCUCGAGAUCAACCAUCACUCUUCUCUCACCUGAACAAGGGAACCGUCCAAAAAUGGCUGGACAAGGAAACAAAACGUGGUUGGUCACCCGUGACAAUUCAAAAUGUCAAACAACGUCACGCACUGGCAGGAUUGGGACAAACGGGGGUGCUUGCAAAGUACCCAGCAGUCGUGAAGGAGAUCACAGACACAUUGCGAGGUUUGAGGACAUCUGGUGUUCCCGUCAGCGUUGUUGUUGCUCGCUCGAUCAUGCUCGCUGUGAUCGAAAAGCAUGAACCAGGCUUACUACUCACUGAAUUCAAAUGUUCAGAGAAAUUUGUUCGGUCGUUCUUCGAGAGUGUGUUGGACUGGAGUCCGAGGAAGGGAACACGUGCAGCAGCCCAUCUUCCAGCUGAUGCUGAAGAAACCUGUGAAGAAUGUUUCUUUCGAUUGGUCUACAUCAUGAAAUGGUACAACGUACCUCCGAAACUCGUGGUUAACUUUGACCAAGUAGGCUGCUAUCUCUUACCAAAUAGCAGUACCACGUUUCAUGAGCGUGGCUCCAAACAAGUUGAUAUUGUAGCUAAGGACGAAAAAUGUGCUUAUUCGCUACUUGUAGCCAGCACUGCAGACGGUGAUUUCUUGCCGUUUCAACAAGUUUGGGCAGGUGCAUCUGAGCGUUCAUUGCCAUCACAUAAUGCUCACGGCAUGAACAAUGCAAUUGAGCGUGGAUUUCAUUUUGCAUUUGCAAAAAGUGAUAAGAAAACGAGCCACUACAGUACCUUGAAGACCAUGCGAGAGUGGAUCGAGAACAUCCUUGAGCCAUGGAGAAAGGUGGUUAUCGAGACAGAUCCCGAUCUUGAUGAUGACCAGCAUGCAAUUGUCUACCUCGACUGCUACCCAGUGCACACCAGCCAGGAUUUCCGUACUUAUGUUUGGGAGAAGUAUCCAUGUACAGGAAAGUUCCAGCCCGCUGAUGUCGGGCUGAAUCGAGUGAUCAAGCACCGUCUCAAGCAAAACCAAGUGAAUUUCCUUGUUGAAGCCCACAGCAAUCAGAUCUCUCGCGGACUCGUUCCUGAGCAAGUAAAAUUUACAACAUCACUGCCGGUGCUGCGAGAUGCAUCAGUUGCAGCCCUUGUUGAUGUUUAUGACUUCAUGACGAGUGCUGCAGGACGCGAGUUGGUCAAAAAGGGAUGGGAAAGGUGUAUUGCAAAGGAAUGGAAUCUUUCGGGAGACUGCCUAACAAGCAAGCAAUCACGCACAGCUCUAAAUACAUAUCUCCAUACUCACGACGCACUUCGCAACGAGAUCGAGAACCGAAUGGGUACAGUUCACAACGACAGCGAGGAAUCAUUGGAACAUGUUGAAGAGAUGCGAGAAGAUGACUCCGAUGUUCCUUUGAGUGCCGUGAUCAACGAUGCACUCGGGAUAUCGAUUGAUAAAGCUUACAACUUGAACCUGGGGUAUGUGGUUUCGGAGGUCAAGCAAGCUGCAGAUCAGACUCUGAUGGCAGCUGGAGAUGCGGAGGAUGUCUGGGCUUGGAAUAACGGGGAACUAUGGGGCAAAAAACUUCCUACAGUAUCAGCUGACGAGCCUUAG